GCGGCGGCGUGUGUGCGCCGGGCGCGGGGGGGCGGGCGCUUCUCCCGCUCGUCCUCGGCUGCCGGCGGGCGAUGCGCUUCCUCCGCUGAAACGCGCCGCGGGCUGAACCGGCAGGAUGACGGUGGAGUUCGAGGAGUGCAUCAAGGACUCGCCCCGGUUCCGGGCAACCAUUGAUGAAGUGGAAACAGAUGUGGUGGAGAUAGAAGCAAAGCUUGACAAGCUGGUAAAGCUAUGCAGUGGGAUGAUUGAAGCAGGCAAAGCCUACCUCACCACGAACAAGCACUUUGUCAGUGGAGUCCGGGACUUGUCGCAGCAGUGCAAGAAGGAUGAAAUGAUUUCGGAGUGCCUCGACAAAUUUGGAGACAGUCUGCAGGAAAUGAUUAACUACCACAUGAUCCUGUUUGACCAGGCUCAGAGGUCAGUCCGGCAGCAGCUGCACAAUUUUGUGAAAGAUGAUGUCCGGAAGUUCAAGGAAACCAAGAAGCAGUUUGACAAGGUGCGAGAGGACAUGGAGAUUUCACUGGUGAAGAAUGCCCAGGCACCUCGGCACAAGCCCCAUGAAGUGGAGGAGGCAACAGGCACCUUGACCAUAACCAGAAAGUGUUUCCGGCAUCUGGCCCUAGACUACGUGUUGCAGAUCAACGUCCUGCAGGCCAAGAAGAAGUUUGAAAUACUGGAUGCGAUGCUGUCCUUCAUGCAUGCCCAGUACACCUUUUUCCAGCAGGGCUACAGUCUUCUCCAUGAACUAGAUCCCUACAUGAAGAAACUAGCCACGGAGCUGGACCAGCUGGUGAUUGAUUCUGCAGUGGAGAAGAGGGAGAUGGAGCACAAGCAUGCACUGAUACAGCAGAGGACCCUCCUGCAGGACUUCUCCUAUGAUGACUCGAAGGUGGAGUUUAAUGUUGAUGCCCCAAAUGGAGUGGUGAUGGAAGGCUACCUCUUCAAGAGAGCUAGCAAUGCUUUCAAAACAUGGAAUCGGAGGUGGUUCUCCAUACAGAACAGUCAGCUGGUGUACCAGAAAAAGCUAAAGGAUGUCCUCACGGUAGUGGUGGAAGACCUGCGGCUCUGUACUGUCAAGCCGUGUGAAGAUAUAGAGAGGAGGUUUUGCUUUGAGGUCGUCUCACCUACCAAGAGCUGCAUGCUGCAGGCUGACUCAGAGAAGCUGCGUCAGGCCUGGAUUCAGGCUGUUCAAGCUAGCAUUGCUUCUGCAUACCGGGAGAGUCCUGACAGCUACUAUAUUGAAAGACUGGACCGGACUGCUUCCCCAUCGACUAGCAGCAUUGAUUCUGCUACCGACUCCCGGGAGCGCAGUGUGAAAGGAGAGACCAUCUUGCAGAGAGUGCAGAGCAUACCUGGGAAUGACCAGUGCUGUGACUGUGGUCAGCCGGAUCCUCGCUGGGCCAGUAUCAACUUGGGCAUUCUGCUGUGCAUUGAGUGCUCUGGUAUCCACAGGAGUCUGGGUGUUCACUGCUCCAAGGUCCGAUCUCUCACACUGGAUUCCUGGGAGCCAGAGUUACUGAAACUGAUGUGUGAGCUGGGGAACAGUACCAUGAAUCAGAUUUAUGAGGCACAGUGUGAAGAGUUGGGACUUAAGAAACCCACAGCAGGGAGCUCCAGGCAGGACAAGGAAGCCUGGAUCAAGGUGAAGUAUGUGGAGAAGAAAUUCCUGAAGAAGCUGCCAAGUGGGGAGACUCUAACAGAGAAUGAGCGGAAACCUCGACGCUGGUGUGUGAAGAAGUGCCAGAGACACAACAGCACCACGAAAGCACCCACAGCUCGUAGAAAGUACCGCCAUGAAGCAGGCAAUGCAUCACCAGCCAUGUUGUCAUCAGCAGCUACACUGGAGAGGAAGUUCCGUCGAGAUUCCCUUUUCUGCCCUGAUGAGCUGGACUCGCUCUUCUCCUACUUUGACACUGGUGCUGGCUCCGGCCCACGCAGUGCCAGCCACAUCUCUAUGCAGCAUCCGCUAACAGGUGGCCCAUGGAGUGGCAGUGGCAUUGGUCCCGGUGGGAGCGGUACGCCGUUCCUCCUGGACGGAGGUCUGAGCAGUGACAGUGGACUUGGAGGAAGCACGGAUGGCAGCACUGAUAUCCUGGUGUUUGGCUCUGUGGUGGACAGCGUGACAGAGGAAGAGUGCGAGGUGUCAGAGGAGUCAAGCGGUGAAGCAGAGAUUGAACAGGAAGCAUCAGAUUUGGAGGACCUGAGGGAGCUGCAUCCUGGCUUGUUGAUCUACAAGGCAGCACAAGCCCGAAACCUGCCUCUCAUGGCAGAAGCACUCGCACAUGGUGCUGAGAUCAACUGGGUGAAUGAUGAAGAUGAAAACAAAACUCCUCUGAUUCAAGCUGUGAUUGGGGGUUCCUUGAUAGCCUGUGAAUUCCUGCUGCAGAACGGGGCAGAUGUUAACCAAAGAGAUAGCCGAGGCCGAGCUCCCUUGCAUCAUGCCACAUACCUAGGGCAUACUGGUCAGGUCUGCUUGUUCCUCAAGCGAGGGGCAAAUCAGCAUGCGGUGGAUGGUGACGGGCAGGACCCGCUCAGUAUUGCUGUCCAGGCAGCCAAUGCGGACAUAGUUACCUUGCUGCGUCUGGCUCGAAUGAAUGAGGAGAUGCGAGAAGCAGAGGGCCCCUUUGGACAACCAGGUCAAUAUCCCAGCAACAGCCCUACCGAGCUGCAGUACAGAAAGUGUAUACAGGAGUUCAUCAGCCUUAAUAUAGAUGAGUGUUAGUGACAACUCCCCCACCUCCCCUUUGCUGUCUUGAAGUUGGGCUGAAUUUCUAGAAGCCCUGAGAGCCCCAUCCUUGGUAUAUUGGUGUUUCUUGCAGAUUGGUCUGUUUUUGAUGCCUGCACAUAUAGGUUGAGAUGCACACAGGAAGGAAAAGGGGUCUUUCCUGUUAGCGUUAAGUUCUCAUGCUUGACUACUGGAUGGUUGAUUUUGUGUAGGAGACUCCUAGGGCAUAACCACAGACCAUGGCGUGUGGACUUGAGUGUGUGAGAAGUAUGGGAGACGAGUUUAGCAUUAAAAAAAAAAAAAAAAAAAAAAAAAAAAAAAGAAAAGAAAGAGAAGAAAAGGAAACCCUCUAUCACCAGGAGAAACCCACCAACAAUACGAUCAGACGAACCUGUCUCUGCUUCAGUGUAGUUACCAUGCACUGAGUUCUCGUCUGAACAGUUUGUUUGGAAGGGAUUCUGACAUGGAGCCCUCUGUCCUGGCAGCGUGACCAGCAGCCUGCUCUCUCAUGGGACUGCUGCAGCGACUGGGAGCUGCUGGGGCCAGUUUAGAAAACUAAAAGAUGACCUCUUAAGUCAGGAACAGGCUGUUUUGUGGGGCAGAGAUAUUUUGCUCCAGAAGGCACAACGGAAGGGGUAGAAUUGAGAGCGACGGCUACUCACCCUAAUUGCUCUCAGGACUAUACCAGCCAUGCUCCCCUUUUUUCGCCCUUGGUGGUUAGCUGGUCAAAGCCAUAGCUCGCCUGCUUCCAGGCCCAAGAUGCAAUCUGCAUGGUGUUAUGGAAGCAGCAGUGCUAAUUCUUUGAGGCUGGGAGAAGCUUGUCGCUGGCGAUGGGCUUUGUGUCAGGGAAGAAAAGCCACAUCCAACUCCCACUGCCUAAAUGGCUGGCUGCACGAUGCAAUUUUGACUUUGGUUCAGUUUGUUUCCUGGUCACUUCAGAUUUCUGACUUAGCAUCUCUGUGAAGGAGACUUCGACUUGCAUGUGUAUCCCUCUGUGCUCUCCCCCCGCAUGCUGAAGCAUGUGAGUAGGGCAUCUCAGCAGCUGGCCCAGGGGCUUUUGAGUUCCCCAGUUCCAAUGACUGGCAGAAUCUUCUUUUUGUUUCUUUCCUUUUUCUUGUAGUAUUCUUUGCUGGAGUGGGGGAAUUUGUUUCUACUUAGAGCACUUUGCUAUGUUUAUGGUCUGUAUUAUAGGGAUCAUGCUACAGUAGCUCUGCAGAGAUGCUGCAGCCAUGUAAUCCCGUCUCAGGAGGGCUUACAGAGCACGUGUACCACUGGCAGAUUAUCCUCCGGCUGUGAGUUUGGAUGCCAAGCUGAGGUGUGCACCUGUAAAAGCCUCUUCAGAAUGCCCUCAGCUGCAAUUGAUGUUAGAGUUUUUUUCAGGACUCGUGGGUGGUAGUCCACAACUGGUAUUUAGCCUGCCUGGGCACCUAGGCUGCUGGCUCUGGGGUUGGGCCAUAGUGCCUUAUGGAUAAUGCUGGGAUCUUGAGCGGAUCAAGAUCUCGCAAGGAACACAAGAAUACCAGGCAGAAUUCCCCAUCCUCCUGCAUUACAUCAGCAGUGAUACACAAUCAUACUGUUUUUCAUCCAAUACACGGUUGACUACUUUUUUUUGUAUACUGGCUGCUGUCAUGCUGCAGCCCUUAGUGGAUUAAACCUUUGCAGGUUUGUUUCUAUUGACGUAAUUGUGUCCUCAGAUACUGGAGCAACAGUGAUCCAGCUCUUCACCCAAGAUACUGCCCUCAGAGACUGAACCAGCAGCAGUGUCCACCCACGCAUCUAAAAGUGGAACAAUAAAGAAACUCCACUUACUCUCUAGUAGGGUGUCCUCUCAGUUCAAAGGAGAGUCCCUGCUUCCUUAGGAAAGUGCUGUCCCAAGUUUUGCUGCAGCCAGACCACAGUAUUCUGUCUGUGCAGUCUUGAAGUCCAUCUUUGUUUUGUCGCUUUCUCAUUCUUGCUCCCUUUGGAGAUUUGGGAUGCACAGUACCAAGUGCUGAGUUCUGAUCUCAGUCCCAAUUGUCUGUUGUGAAUCUGAAAUGGUCCUAGUGACUGUGCUGAAACUGCUGCAGAUCAAUGGCAGUGCAAAAUCUGAUCCCAGGGCCUUUGGUGGUUCCCUAAAUAACAAACAAUCUCCUUCCACCAAUCUUGGAAAAUAAAAAUUAAUGAGCUUGGCCCCAUCAGCCUUUUUAUCACUGGCAAUGCCUUUCACGGCAUUUUCUCCAUCGCUCCACUUUUUCUGUCCCAGGAGGCCGGUGCUCUGCACACAGCAUGCUGCCGCUGAACCUGCGCUAUGUAACUCCUGGCUCGCGUGAACCUGCUGAUGCACGGCACGCUGAUGGGUUGGAGAGGGAGUGCACCGUGCAGACUUGCAUUUGGCCUUCUUAGCUGUUCAAUGCCUGGUCUGAAACUAUUCGGUAGUCUUUGACCAGGCAAUACUCCUUCUGAACUCUUCUCUGAGUAGAAGCUGUAGGAUGUGCCCUUAACAGUUGGCAGAGGGCAGAUCACUUGGUCUGUAUUCGUAUUCUGUUCAGCUGUGGCACCCUCAGGAUUGAUUCAGGACCGCGUGUGGGAUGAAGCAGUGUGGCAUGAAAUGCCAUUAUUGCUGCAAUUCAGUUUCAGAGGAACGCUAGGGUGUAUAAAUCCUUAGUUCAGAGGACAAUUUCUUUGUGAGUAGGGACCGUGCUCUGAUUGUAGCUCCCACAUGUGACUCUGGAGUCGUAUCACUGGAUGAAGAGGGCUGAUUCCAGGCAUACACCUGUGUAAGUGAUACCAAAUGCAGGCAGAUGUGCACUGUGCAUAGCUGUUGCUGCAGUGCUGCUACAUGGUCUCCUUCAGUUUGCGUUUAGUAUGCCCUGGGUUAAGUAUCUUUCUUCCUGAUACCUGUGUGAAGGUAUAGCUGGCAUCACUGCCCACUCAGCGUUUCUUGUGCAGGAUUACAGAAGGUUACCGCUUUACAUUCUCGUGGAGCUUCAUCUUUCGGUCCUUUGCAUUGGACAUUGUCUUCUUUCUGGUCCAAGGCAUCCUAAACCUAAACGGGCUUCCCCACUGAGCAGGGCGGUGCCUUCACUUGUGUGUCACUGCCCCAUUUGACACCCCUUCCUUAUCAGUUGAGCCUGCUUACUCUGCAGCUGGUGGUAGCGUUACUGUCGGUCUGAGCAGGGUCAGGAGCAAAUCUGUAGUCUUAUAAAUCGCCUGCGUGACAUGCCCUGCAGACCUCACUGCUCUGUGCAGAGCUCGGAUGGCGUUGGGUGCUGUUGGCCAGUGAAAUGAGUUGCGGUGCUGAACCUGCUAGCAAUACAGCAAAGCCCUUAAGUACGUGUCUGCCUUCAGCAGGACUGUGCUAUGCUUAUGGUUAGAUCAUGCAGAUCAGCCUGCGGCAUCCAGACCAGCACUUAGAGUGCUGAGUACAGCCAAGAACUCGCUCUGCUUCCUGGGUUAGGAAGUGAGAGAUUCUCUGUAAUGAAUUCUCUUUGAUAAUCCUAUCCCAUUUUAUACUGAUCUGCAUCAAUUUAGACAUUUGUCAGUGCUGACGUCCUCUCAAGUUAUGCGCUUUCCUAGAAAAAUGCCACACUGAAUCAAAGCUGGCAUUCUUCAGGGUACUUCAAAGAUCUUGAAAGUGAAAUAGAUGUUUCACCACUGCCACGGUUCUCCUCUGUUAAUGAAUUUCAGCAUGGUCAUUGUCUAGCAAUGUUUUUUACAUGUACAGCAACUUAAAACACCCCAAUUGGUUUUCCAGCUUUUUAUGAGAAGUUAGAAAUACGACUGAUCCUUUCUGUAAGCCAGUGAGAACUGGAGACAUGGCUUCCACUUUGGGUCAUUUUAUUUCACAGUCAGCAUUAGUGGCUCACGAGAACAAUACAAAAAUCAUGUACAGUUAGGUCCAUUGGAGCUCAGACUCACUGCUGAAGUACAUGAAGUUAAAGCAUAUGUAAAUACUGAUGCAAAAAGCAGUGUCUUGCAAGACAAUUUAUCUAUUUAACAUGUAUUGGUACUUUAUUUAGAUUCAAUGUAUAAAGCAACUUUGUGCACUUUUCCUACAUACAGUAUUGGGGGGGUUUAUGUUCUUUUGUUAUGGAUUUUGUGCUGUCUUUUUUAAUCAGUGAAAUUGUUAAGUAUUUAAUUUAUUAUUGAUGUGCCCAGAGGACUAGUGCAAUUUUUAUUCAAUACAGUUUGUCUGUAUUUAAUGUCAGGAUUUUUUUGUAGCAUUGUUAGGAAAUCUUUUUCAAAACCUGCCUUUCCCCCCCCCACAAUUUUCCUUUCUCCCCCCCCCCCUUUUCUAUUUUCAUUAUACAGAUUAUGAGGCAUUAAAUGCCUCUAGUUUGAAAUAUAAUCAAACACUUUAGUACAUCCUGCAGUUUCUAAAACAAAAAAGUUCUCCAGGAAAAAAAUGCUAAGGAGGCACUUCUCAAUGUUUUCUGUGUUUAUUUGAUUUUUUUUUUUUUGAUUGGGUUGUAUGUGUGUGUGCAUAGAAGUUUGGAGGGGAGAGUGGGGAAAUUGUACAGAAAAUUUGUUUUCAGCAAAGUAAAUGGCCAACCAGGCUACAGGGAAGACUGGAUAUUGAACACUUUUCUUUUUUUCCUUCUUCAAAUACAGCUGCAUUUGUGUUGUACAAUCUUGUUUGAAAUAUCUAAUGCCAAAACUACUCUCUCUUCAUUCUUCCUUUCUUUUCAAAGAGUGCGUAUGUUAUCUAUAUGAUAGUAACUUGGUUGCAACCACAGUUAACAUGAGGAGAUUUGCCUUUGUCUAGAAAGCAACAUGCCAGGCAUCGUCAAAACACAAAUGGAUCCAAACCAUUGCCUCAGCCAUGCAGAUUCUGUCAUCUUCUGAGUUUUUGAGAUCUGGGUGAAUAUUUAUAUACCUGUCCUAGCUUUUGUUUGACUUGACCCAAACCCUGUAACUAAGUGCCUGGACAGGUAGUCUAGGUUUGAAUCUUUGGGGUCUGCCACAUGUCUCUGAUUCCAAAUGGGAUGAGUUCAGGUUGCUGGCAGGUUGAAAUGAUACCCUCUGUGUUCCCUCUCCACAUGUCAUCCAGGGAAGCCUCAGGUUAUUUUAAUAUUGUUGUCUCUGAGAUGGUCUCUGCAAUGUGAAAUUUCUUUGAGCAGUCUAGAGGAAAAACCUGGAAUUGGAAGAGUUUAUCUCUUUAAAGAGAGAUUUGACAAGACUGUGAUCAGCAUAAGAUAGAUCAGUAACAUCUCAGACCAGCAAAAAUGGCCAUUAUUUAUGCAAGAUCAAAACAAGACCUCGUAAAGAAAUGCACUGAUUAACUUAUUGUCCAGUGGCCACAACACAGCUGUUGUCUACUGCUAAACUACUGUGUUGUUCCUGUGCUGCUCGACUGUCCCUGAACCCACUUCUCUCUCCUCACUGCCCGAGCAUUAUUGCUUUCAACCAAAGACAAAACAGGAUCAACGGAUUAAAUGUGAUAUUAAACCAUUGGUUAGCUGAUGACAAACAUCUGUGUGAGCGCGCAUGUGUGUAAAAGUGUGUCGUGCUGUUCUAUGGAGAAGGGGGUGUGGGGAAGAAGUGACGGAGCAGGAGAAGGGAGGGUGGGAGUUCUGAAGAAACAACUUUUUUUUUUUUUUUUUUUUUUUUUUUUUGAGAUUCCAAAAUACAGAGUGCUGUUUCCAUAGGAAUGUGAUUCAUAUCAGUCUGCCUGCUGGUUCCUCAGCCUUGUAGGGAAUUUGGGCUGGGGUACAUCCCUUCGGAGUUGUAUGCCCAGCACUGUGUUAGUGCCAAGAUAGGGCAGCUGCGUAGUUCUGGGGAGGGAAUGAGGGAUAGAGGUGGGGGUAGGAGCCGAAAUAGUUUCCAAGGCACGAGGAGGACCGUGUGUGUUUCUAGUGCAGCAGCUGAGACGGCUAGAGAGGCUAGCUGGAGUAGGAGUGUUUGCUCCCCAAACACAUCUCGGCACUUAGCACCUUCCUCGCCGCGAAGGCCACGAAGGAGCGCGUUUAGUUUGUGCGUCCUAGCGCUCCAACAGGCGACACGCGGGGGGCGGCUGGGUGGUUGUCUUCAGGUUGUCCCUGGAUCUGUAGACCUGUCUCGGUUGACUUCCAUCCGUCACGUCCCUCCAACAGCAGACGAAUGUUAGUGUGGAUUCCCCAUCCUGGGAGCCCUCUACGUGAGACCUGGGGCUGCUGAAUCCCAGAAAUAGAGUAAGACUUUUUUCCUGUAGGGUUACAUAGGCUGGCAGCCUGGACUGAAAGCCUUUGAGAUGAGAAAGCCCAGCCAGCUUCUUCCUGGCUAAGGCUCCCAUACCUUCCUAUCUAAACAGCACAGAGAGAGAAAGAAGUUCUUCAGCUAAGUCAAAGCUGCUAAGUGUGGUUGAUUAAUACGGCUCUGUUACACACUGAAUGGCUGGGCUGCUGUACCAGGGGCUGACACUUGCUGUAAAUACGCUAUAACCUAUUAACCUCCUUCACUUGCCUGCUUUCAGUGCAACUUUGUAACACGUUUUUUAAUUCCCCCUUUCCCUACACAGCCUGUACUGACUGUAACUAUGGAACCGGAUAUUCUGUAUGUUAUUAUCUUUGUACAAUUUUAAAAACUGUUGCUGUGGUGUCUGCCUUUUUUUCCCCUCCCUUCUCUUCUAUUGUCUCUUGAAACACUGUUAAUAAAAAUCUAGAUAAACUC